UCUGCUGACUCACGCUGUUCAUUCGCAUCAACAUUUUGCUUUGAUAUUUUACCUCAGCAUUAAUAAUUAACGUCAGCGUUAUAUAUUUUUCCUCAGGUUUUGCUGCGUGAUGUCGAUAAUCGCCUCCACACUGAGAUGUUACUGACGGAUUUUUACAGAGACUGUUUGAUGAGAUGAAUUAAAACUCCAAGCUUGUUGUGUCUGAGGUUUCGAAAGUUACCUUAGACGUGGGCUGCUCCUGAUCAGAUAACACAUUUUCCCAAGUCUUCUCUUGCCCCUGAUGUGUUCACUGCACUUAGAUUUACCUCCAAAAAUACCUCAAGAUAUGGCCUUUAAAGGAAGUACUAAGAAAACAUUAUCUAGUCAUCGUGAAGAAUAUCAUGAAGAAAUGAAGAACCAAAAUUACCAGUGCUCAGGUUGUGGGAAGAGAUUUAGUUACCCAAGUUGUCUGAAAAGACAUGAGCGCAUUCACACAGGAGAGAAGCCGUAUCACUGCGCACAGUGUGGAACGAGUUUUACUGCAGCUAGUUCUCUACAAACACACCAGCGCAUCCACACUGGAGAGAAACCGUAUCACUGCACACAGUGUGGGAAGAGUUUUACUGCAGCUAGUUCUUUACAAACACACCAGCGCAUCCACACUGGAGAGAAGCCGUAUUACUGCACACAGUGUGGAACGAGUUUUACAAGGGCUGAUAACUUACGAAAACACCAGCGCGUUCACACAGGAGAGAAGCCGUAUCACUGCGCACAGUGUGGAACAAGUUUUUCUACUUCUAGUUAUCUCCAAACACACCAGCGCAUUCACACUGGAGAAAAGCCGUAUCAGUGCUCACAGUGUGGGAAGAGUUUUUCUACUUCUAGUUAUCUCCAAACACACCAGCGCAUUCACACUGGAGAUAAGCCGUAUCACUGCACACAGUGUGGGAAGAGUUUUACUGCAGCUAGUUCUUUCCAAAAACACCAGCGUAUUCACACAGGAGAGAAGCCGUAUUACUGCACACAGUGUGGAACGAGUUUUACAAGGGCUGAUAACUUACGAAAACACCAGCGCGUUCACACAGGAGAGAAGCCGUAUCACUGCGCACAGUGUGGAACGAGUUUUACUACUUCUAGUUAUCUCCAAACACACCAGCGCAUUCACACUGGAGAAAAGCCGUAUCAGUGCUCACAGUGUGGGAAGAGUUUUUCUACUUCUAGUUAUCUCCAAAAACACCAGCGCAUUCACACUGGAGAAAAGCCAUAUCACUGCUUACGAUGUGGGAAGAGUUUUACUGCAGCUACUAGUUUUCAAGCACACCAGCGCAUUCACACAGGAGAGAAGCCGUAUCACUGCUCACAGUGUGGGAAGAGUUUUUCUACUUCUAGUUAUCUCCAAAAACACCAGCGCAUUCACACUGGAGAAAAGCCAUAUCACUGCUUACGAUGUGGGAAGAGUUUUACUGCAGCUACUAGUUUUCAAGCACACCAGCGCAUUCACACAGGAGAGAAGCCGUAUCACUGCUCACAGUGUGGAACGUGUUUUACAAGGGCUGGUGACCUACAAAAACACCAGCGCAUUCACACAGGAGAGAAGCCGUAUCACUGCACACAGUGUGGAAAGAGUUUUUCUACUUCUAGUUCUCUGCAAACACACCAGCGCAUUCACACAGGAGAGAAGCCGUAUCACUGCUUACGAUGUUGGAAGAGUUUUACACAGGCAGGUCAUCUGCGAACACACCAGCGUAUUCACAUGGGAGAGAAUCCAUAACACAAUCCUAAUAUGGAAUGUGUUGUAUGCACUGCAGUCACUCCUAAAUACACUGCUUGUCAACAUUUCAUCAAAAGGGUCAUUUUAUUGGGCUGCAUCAAGCUAAGAAAACAACUGGAGAGAUUUGUAAUUACUGGAAAAGAAAACCAUAAAUAUAAAUACUUAGGAAAUAUUGGGGAAAAAAUCAUGAAUUGAGACCACAUAAACACUUAUGAAGUUACAUGGCAAAAAAAAAUCAACAACAAAAAAAUGGCAUGUUUAAUAGUGGAAGGAAAGAAAGCAUUUCCAUACACAUAAUGUGAUGACAACUCACAGGAUUCCAGAUUGAUAAUUCCAGAGUGAUUGGGUGCAUCAGGGUAAGUGAGGAAUCAUGUAAAUUCAAUUAAAUUUUAUUUAUAUAGCAAUUUUAACAAUGGUCAUUGUCUCAAAGCAGCUUCACAAAAAUGAAAAGAAAAUUUAUGGAAGUGUGUAUGUGUGAGAAAAAUGUGUCCCCUGUAUAAGCUCUGGAGGCAGUGUUGUACUCUAAAAACUGAACCGCUGGGUCACUAUUGAAUACUAAACAUUCCUGUGGUUUUUAUUGACUUUUUGCCACAUAACUUCACAAAGUUUUUAUGAUCUCGAUUUGUUUUGUUUGACAAAGUUUGGGUUAAUCUUUUGCCUAACUGCCAUCUAGUGGUCUCUUUAAGGAACUGCUGAUAAUUUAUAAAACCAGGAAGUGAGUAGCUAAGCACAUGGCUGAUCUAUAUGGUUAAAAUUGAAUGCUUUUUUUGGGGGGGGUUAUCCUCACCAACCCUUGUUUUUUAAGAAUUUGAAGGGCAAUGGCUGUAAGUUUACCUUUGA